CCCGCCUAACCCAAUUGACAUUUAACAGAAAAAAAUGACAAUCAGCUGUGUACAAAAACAAAUUCGAGCCAAAAGCAAUUUUUCAGCAGCACAAGAUGAAAUAUUGCUCCGUCCCUGGUUGCAAAUCGAAAUUAACGAAGAAGCCAACAAAGACAUUCUUCUUUAGCCUCCCCACGGACGAGACAAACGGCCAAGUGGAUCCCCUCAAACACAAACGAAGACAGGAGUGGGUCAAAGCGAUUCGAGGCCUUAGACUGCCUGAGAGCACCCUCCAGAACGCCGUGGUGUGUUCUAAACACUUCGUCUCGGGUCACCCUGCGAGUGAGCAAGACGUCUACCACAAAGACUGGGUGCCAAGCCUUCAUCUGCCUCAAAUAGUUUUAGAUCAACGUAAAAUCGUAGAUGUCAUCAUCGAGACUCUACCAGACGUAAUUGUGCAAUUCGAUGUACCUGAUUUAAUUAUUUUAGAUAAAGUGAAAUUCAACGAGAAGCAAAUCGAAAUGGAUUUAAUUCAUAAGUAUAUUACGAAUCCUGUCUGUGAUGAAAACGGUUAUUACAAUGACGACCACGAUUAUCUGGGGCUGCCUGUGCUCCCCACGAAGACUGAGUCGGUAGCUAUGCGCCAAGAAUUAAGCCAAGACCACAGCUACUCCAUAACUGAUCGUCCGGCAUGCCUUUACUUUGACUCAAGACACUUCUGCAACAUUUGUGCCUACAAUUUCAACAAUUUGUUCAGUUUUAACAACCACAUGAUGGUGCACACGGUUAAGAACGACGUCAUGUGUUUUCUGUGCGAGCAGACGUUUCUUACCACCACUUGCUUGAAUAAUCAUUUAAAUGUGCACACUUGUCUUUGCGAUAAGUGUGGUGUGGAGGUACCCACGAUGCAACUAAGGGCACAUUUAUUGGUCAACCAGAAGCAAAAGUACCAGAAUAGGGAUAUUUUGAAGUAUAGGAUUCCCCAGAAAAAGAAAGUUUAUUUUUGUGUUUUAUGUAUGAAGAGAUUUUUCACUAAACAACAGUAUGGCGAACAUGCAUUUAUGCACAACAGGGUGAAGUGGGGGCGAGGGAGGAUCUAAAGCGGUUCUUUAAUAGGUUGAUUAUUUAUAGAAUUUCAUUUUUGUUUUGAAGUUAAGUAAAAGUUGUUUUGUA